AUGAAGUUCACCGCGUUCCGGGAAGGCUCUUCUUUCCUCUUCUUCUUUUCUUUCCUAAGCUCCAUUCUCUUGCUUUCUUGGCAAGCCUCCACUGCUCUCGCCCUUCCUACAGACACGUCCAGCCUUGUCGAUGUUCGCGCUCUCACGAUCCCCAACGAGGAACAGGUAGACGAGCUCAUCCAGGACCCCAGCAAGUUCUCUUCCUGGGCCAAACUUGGGGAGCCAAAAGUCGAUACGGCCAUCUUCUUCACCGGUCAGAGCAACAAGAACAUCAACAAUAUUGUAAUAUGGGCGAAUGGGGUCGGCCUCACGUCCGUACGCAACAUCUGGAACAGCGACAACUUUGUCCACAAGGGUCAAUACCCAAAGGUCUCGGACGCGAAGUUCAAGGACUUCCAGAGGGCUUUCUCUACAUACUACGCGGAUCAGACUAAGGGCACUGCGUACCUCGUCUUCCCGCACAGCCAGACCCCCAAGGCCGAUGGGAUUUUCUGGAGCAUAGAGCUCGAGCGUAUAAUUGACAACGCCAAGGUUGGAAAGAUCAUCUGGAUCGACCAGAGCAGGAUUGGGGAUUCUAACUACGACUGGAAAACGGAGCAAAAGGUCUACUGGCAGCAGGGCCAAGAAAAGCCUGCUGGUGCUUAA